CAUAAUGUUGUAUUUGACUUUAUUUUGUGCAUCUCUAGUUAUUGUGAGAGCUAAAAUAAAUAUUGAUAUAAUAACCGAUAAAACGAGUGAAGUAACAGCACAAUUUAGUGGCUACGAUAUAAGUGUGAUUAGUGACUCGGAUAUUAAUUUAUUUAAUCUUAACAGAAAACAGUUAAAAGUAGCAGUUAAAAAACAUUUUAAAGCCACUCCCCAAAAUGUUUAUCUUAAAAGUCCGACGCCUUGGAACGAUCUGUAUAAAUCAAACAAUUGGGAGCAAGUCUCAAGAAUAUUGUCAAUUAAAUCUAUAACAGUAAAGGAAGACAAACAGAAACCUACAAUAGUUCUGUCUCAAGAUUUUGAAAAUUUCUCCAAUUCCACAGUAAAAGUUAAUACUGCUUUGAGUCAAUCAGUUGAAAAUACCAUAACAACAUCCUGGAUAACGAACAAAGAAUGGACUGUGUCUCAAGAAAUAAGUUACGAUAUUAACAUAAUAUUCGCCAAAUUUGCUGGUAGUACGGGAUUCUCAUGGACGACUACUUGGGGUAAAAGCGAAGAAAAAUCAGAAACUACCACAAUUGGAGCUACUAGUGCAGUUGAAACUGAAUUGAAACCGGGUCAAUCAGUGUCUGCAGUUUUGUCUGCUAAUAGAAGAUCAAUAAGAAUGGAGAUAACCUAUCUUGCAACUCUGAGGGGAAAUGUUGCCGUUCAUUUUAAUAAACCGUUGAAUGGACACCACUUUUAUGGACCUUCUAUUAUAAGUGUAAUGAAAAAUGGAGAAAUGGAGACGGAAAUAACUAUUGUAGAAAAUAUUAACAUUGGAAUUUUUGUUGAUCAUUCUUUGAAAGUAUAUGACAAGAUAACUGGACAACCAUUGUGAUUGUGACAACCAUAGUGAUGUAUUUUAAAGUUUGAUGUUAGUCUUCAAUAAAUAUUUAAUUAGUAGCGUUUA